UCUCAUUUUCUCUCUUUAAUAUCAGCAUGACUUUAUCAUUUUUGUGCUGAUCACUAUAAUAUUUUUGUUGUAAAUUUUUUAAUUAGUGUGUUUUCUUUGAAGUUUCAAUCAUUUUUAGUUUUUGCUUAUUUGCUUUUUAUUUUGUCUGAUUGAAGUUAGGUUAUUGUGUAAUUUAGCUAUCUGGGUUGUAUUGUUUUUGGUUCUUUGAGGUAGAUUAGUUUUGCUGUUUUCUUUGAAUUUUUAAGUGGGCUUAUGGUAAUUUAAGGUUUUUGGAUAUUCAAUUGAAUGUAGUUUAAAGGGAUAAAUUUGAGAUUUUGGGUUCAUUUUUGAGGGUUUUUCGAUUUUUAUGGAAAAAAUUUAGGGUUUUUUCGUUUGGUUUACUUUGUUCUAUUUUGGAUUUAUUUAGUAGAUUGUUAGGGUUUUCUUUGUAGAUAAUCAAGUUAUUGAGUUUUUAAGUUAGGUAACUUAAGUUACAAAUUAGGGUUUUCAAUUUGAGUUUUUUGGGUUUAUUUCAACUUGAUGACUAGUGUAAGAUAGCAUAGAUUGUUAAAUUUUUGUUUGCUGGUUCCCUAGGUGAUUCUUCUGCUAAUUUUAGCUUUGUUUUUUUUUUUUUUCACUAGGGCAAACACACAAAUCACUGUACGUCCGUGCAAUUUGGUAAUCUAGAGCUUUUGGAUUGGGUAAUUUUCCUGUAGUGUUCGAAUUUAAUUACAUCAUAGGCUCAAAUAAUAAGGUGAAAAGAGGGAAAAUUAGGGCUGGCUUUGGAAAGCUAUUUGGAUUCCAGCCACCAGGGAUCGGUGCCGCUAAUGGCUUCUUCUCGGGUGGCCGGAGGAUUGUCUCAAACUUCAGCAAAUUCUGGUAUUUUUUUCCAAGGAGAUGCUCAAUCUCAGAAUGUAAUUAACCCUCACUUGAGUUCAUCUUUUGGGAAUUCUGCCAAUUCAAUUCCCGGAAUAGGGCGCUCGAACCUAGGCCCAGCUUCUGGUGACAUGAGUCAGGUGAUUUUGAACAGUGUGGCAACUUCAGGGCCAAGUGUUGGAGCUAGUUCUUUGGUCACUGAUGCAAACUCCGCCUUCUCGGGAGGUCCCCAGUUGCAGAGAAGUGCCAGUAUCAACACAGAAUCUUACGGGCGUUAUCCAGGAUCGCCAAUGUCGUUUACUUCUAAUAACGUAUCUGGGUCUUCGGUAAUAGAUGGGCCAACGACAACGCAUCAGGGCGCUCAUCACGACCCUAAUUCUCAACAAGCUAUUCCGAGCCAACCGCAGUUUCCGCAAGGGGCGUCAGCGUCUCAAACGGGUCAACUUCCCCUUUCAAUGGUUGCAAGGCUCCCCAACUCUUUUAUCCAAGAUCCUUCCAGUGUGUCUCAGUAUUCGCCGCUACAAAAGAAACCUCGGCUGGAUAUUAAGCAAGAAGAAAAUUUUCAACAUCAAGUCUUACAACAACUGCUUCAGAGACAACAGGAUCCAAUGCAGUUACAGGCCAUCCUUCAGCAGCAGAGGCUACGGCAGCAGCAGCAGCAGAUGUUGCAGGCUAUGCCACCGAUGCAGCGUGUUCAGCUGCAGCAGCAACAACAUCAGCAACAACAGCAAUUGAGGCAGCAGCUUCAACAGCAAAGCAUGCAACAAAUGGCUGUCAUGAAGCACCCAUUAGACACUGGAGCUUUAUGUGUUCGUCGUGUGAUGCAAUACCUCUAUCAUCAGCGGGAGCGACCAAAAGAAAACACUAUCGCCUUUUGGAAAAAAGUAGUGGCAGAAUAUUUUGCUCCCCGUGCUAAGAAAAGGUGGUGCUUAUCGUUGUAUGACAAUGUUGGAAACCAUGCAUUAGGCGUUUUCCCUCAAGCAGCCAUGGAUGCUUGGCAUUGUGACAUUUGUGGCUCAAAAUCUGGCAGGGGAUUUGAAGCGACAUAUGAAGUGCUUCCUCGACUUAAUGAAAUUAAAUAUGGAAGUGGCGUAAUAGAUGAGCUCUUGUUUCUCGAUGUGCCUCGUGAACGUAAAUUUGCCAAUGGGAUUAUGAUGCUGGAAUUCAGUAAAGCUGUUCAGGAGAGCGUGUAUGAGCAACUUCGUGUUGUUCGUGAGGGUCAGCUCAGAAUAAUUUUUGCCCCGGAUUUGAAGAUCUUAUCAUGGGAGUUCUGUUCACGCAGUCAUGAAGAGCUGCUUCCUAGGAGGCUUGUUGCUCCACAGGUGAGUCAGCUGCUUCAAGUUGCGCAAAAAUGUCAAAGCACUCUUGCUGACAGUGGCUCCGAAGGAGUGUCAUCUCAAGAUUCACAAACAAGCAGUAAUAUGGUCGUGACAGCUGGUCGCCAACUUGCCAAGAGUUUGGAGCUACAAUCACUCAAUGACUUGGGAUUUUCUAAAAGAUAUGUUAGGUGUUUGCAGAUUGCUGAAGUUGUCAACAGUAUGAAGGACCUUAUAGAUUCGUGCCGGGAUAAUAAAGUUGGACCUAUAGAGGGCUUGAAAAGUUACUCUCGAAGCUCUGCAUCGAAGAUGCAGAUGCAAAGGAUGCAGGAAAUGGAGCAGCUUGCGAGUAUUCAGGGUCUGCCUACCGACAGGAAUUCCAUGAAUAAACUUAUGGCGAUGCAGCAGUCAGGAAUGAAUAAUCCUAACAUCGGAAACAAUCCUAACAUGGCAAACAACGCUAAUAUGCUUGCUAAUAACCGAGUUGCAUUGAAUGGGUCAGCCGCAGCUGCCUUGGCACUUACAAACUACCAGAAUAUAAUGAUGAGACAAAACUCUAUGAAUUCGAGUGCUAACUCACUUCAACACGAAGCUUCUUCGUCUCAUAACAAUCCCAAUCAAAAUCCGUCUUCCUCUUUCCAAGGGCCUUCUAGUGUCCUUUCUGGGUCAAUGCAGAACAUGCCAAUAGGCGGGUUCCAAAAUCCGCAAUUGGGUAUUCCACAGCAGCAACGAGUUAACGUUGUACCUCAACAAAAUCAACCAUUGAAUCAACAAGCAUCACAAAGCGGCCAGGCUUUGCAGCAACAUACGAUCCAGCAGCUAUUACAGGAUUAUUCCGGAAAUAAUGCAAUGGGACAGCAGAAAACCCUUGGUGGGCAAAAUAUGAAUCCAAAUGUAACUGUUAGUGGUUUAGGAUAUGUAAACAACGGCACACCGGCUACACCCGCUGCUGGAGGCAGGGGUCCCAGUCUUAGCAAGAGCAACAGUUUUAAAGCUGGUUCAAACAGCGAUUCUUCAGCAGCUGGAGGCGGUGGUUCCAAUAAUGGUUUCAAUCAGAAAGCACCGGAAAUGCCACCAAAUAUGCAUUUGACGGAGGAUAUAGUUCCGGAAUUAACACAUGAUUAUUCCGAGAAUGGGUUUUUAAGCAGUGAUCUUAACGACAAUAUGGGCUUCGGAUGGAAAUGAGAUUUAUUGGAGAGCAGACAACUAACCGGACGAUUGAUUGUGAUUUAGCACUCGUAUUAUAGGAGUUCAGGAAUCAAUGUGUACAGCAUAUUGAGAUAGUCAUCAAAUUCAACUUUUUUUUUUCUUUUUUCUUUUUGGCGUUUAAAAUUCAAGAGUCUUUAAUUUUAGAACCACAGUAAUAGUAUGUUCUGAUCUGGGCUUCUGAUUUAAUUCUGAGAGAUAAAACCUAAUGUUUUAGCAA